CCCGUGCCCCACCCUCCACCGCCUCCGACCCACUCAAACCAGACUUCUUCUAACCACUCAACCCCCUCCGCUGCCGUCGGCCGGGUUCUGGGUCGGCCAACGGAGUACGUCCGGUCCACUUACAUCUUCGGAUGGGAAAUAGGUCGGGGCCAAUUCACAGUUACCUACUUAGUAACCCACCGGGAGACUAAAGAGCAGUUCGCUUGCAAGUUAAUCUCAUUGAGGAAGCUGAUCAAUCGCGACGACAUUAAAGACGUCAGCCGCGAGGUCCAAAUUAUGCAUCACCUGACGGGUCACUAUAACAUAGUCGAGCUGAAGGGUGCGUACGAGGAUCGACAUUCAUUCAAUUUGGUGAUGGAGCUUUGCGCCGGUGGGGAGCUCUUCGAUCGGAUCAUCGCCAAGGGACAUUACUCCGAGAGGGCGGCGGGUGGGCUUUGCCUGCAGAUCGUCACGGUGGUGCACAAUUGCCAUUCUAUGGGGGUAAUGCAUAGGGAUUUGAAGCAGGAUAAUUUCCUCUUCUUGAGUACAGCUGAGGAAUCGCCUCUCAAGGCUAUUGACUUCGGGCUCUCUGUGUUUUUCAGGGCAGGAGAUGUGUUCAAGGGCCUUGUUGGAAGUGCAUAUUAUGUAGCUCCUGAAGUUCUGCGAAGAAGCUAUGGUCCUGAGGCUGAUAUAUGGAGUGAUGGUGUUAUCUUGUAAAUCUGCUCAGUGGAGUUCCACCAUUCUAGGGAGAAAUGGAGCAGGCUAUCUUUGAUGUUGUUUUGCAUGGACAUAUUGAUUUCUCUUCCGAGCCCUGGCCUUCAAUAUCCAGUAGUGGUAAAGAUCUCAUCAAGAAGAUGUUGAGGGUUGAUCCAAAGGAAAGACUAUCAGCAGCCGAAGUCCUCAAUCAUCCAUGGACGAGAGAAGACGGUGAUACAUCUGAUAAGCCUCUUGAUAUUGCUGUUUUAUCAAAAGAAUGAAACAGUUCAAGGCUAUGAACAAGCUAAAAAAAGUAGCUCUGAAGGUAAUCGCGGAAAAUCUUUCUGAGGAAGAAAUCAUGGGGUUAAGAGAAAUGUUUAAAUCCAUGGACACGUAUAACAAUGGAACCAUAGCUUACGAGGAGUUGAGGGCUGGUCUUCCAAAGCUCGGAACCAAGCUUUCCGAGUCUGAAGUCAGGCAAUUAAUGGAAGCGGCAGGCGUGGAUGGAAAUGGAACAAUCGACUACAUAGAGUUCAUCACAGCGACCAUGCACUUGAAUAGAAUGGAAAGAGAGGAUCAUUUGUACAAGGCCUUUGAAUAUUUCGACAAGGACAAGAGCGGGUACAUCACUACGGAAGAGUUGGAGCAUGCGUUCAAGCAAAUACAACAUGACUGAUCCCAGAACAAUAAAGGAGAUAAUUGCACAAGUAUACACCGACAAUGAUGGAAGAAUCAAAUACGACGAGUUUGCAUCCAUGAUGAGAAAAGGAAGUCCAGAGUUGGUCCCCAACAGACGGCGCAAAUAAGCUGAUAGUGUCCAUCUGAGAUCCAUGCUUGACGACCACUUCAGAUUUUGUCAUGCGAUCAUACGAUAGUUUCCCUUUGGGGUGUCCAGGGGUGAAAAAUGGAAGGGGGUUGCGGGGAAUGCAUUAGGAAUGAGAGUGUCGUUGUUGUUGAGAGAAGAGUGUGUUUGUUUUAGUUGUUCGGUUGUUCAACUUGCGAGUUAAUACAGA